GUAAACUGGCAGUCAAUAAAUGAAGCAGGAUCAGUGGGUAAAUGGUCACAGUAACAAUAACUUAUCCUACAGCCGCAUUACUCCAUCGCAGUCUCGGUUUCCUGUUUGUGAGAAGUUUGCUGUUCACUGACACGCUCUCAGUUUCGCAACUGACCUACUUAAAUCGCCAGAGAGAAAAACAAGAGUGUUAAACGGCGAAUACAAGGAUUAGGUUCAAAGGAACGUGCCCAGUGUGAGAAACACCUGCACAGGUAACGGAAACUCACCUGGAGUAGCUGUGAGUGCGGUGGGGUCUGCCAGCACCUGACGUUAUGGAGCUCGGCUCGGUGUCCACGGGGGUCCGGUCCCUGUUUUUCAUGCUCACACCGAACGAAUCAUCUUUUCAGAAAAUGGAAGCUGUUCCUCAGUAUGUGCAACAGGCCACUCCUUUCUUUAUAGGGCUGAUGGUGCUGGAGCUGGUGGUGGGCGUGCUGAAGACAGGGGCCCCAGUGGUCACCAUUAGUGAUGGACUGACCUCCAUAUCUGCUGGAAUGAUCUCCAGACUCCCAUUGCUGUUAAUGAGAGGUUGUGAGUUGACAGCGUACAUGUAUGUGUGGGACCGGUACCGCCUGGUGGAGCUGCCCUGGGACUCUGCCUGGACCUGGUGGUUCACCUUCCUGGGCGUGGACUUCUGCUACUACUGGGUUCACCGCUUUGCUCACGAGCUGUCCAUCCUUUGGGCUGCUCACCAGGUUCACCACAGUUCAGAGUACUACAACCUUACCACUGCCCUCAGACAGUCCCUCACCCAGCAGUUCUCAUCAUGGAUUUUCUACCUGCCCAUGGCUCUGGUUGCACCCCCCACAAUCUUUGCAGUUCACCUACAGUUAAACCUUCUCUACCAGUUCUGGAUCCACACAGAGCUGAUCAGAGACCUUGGACCUUUGGAGUGGAUCUUUAACACCCCAAAACAUCACAGAGUUCAUCAUGGUAGGAACCUUUACUGCAUUGACAAGAAUUAUGGAGGAAUUCUGAUCAUAUGGGACAGAUUAUUUGGUACCUUUGCUCCAGAGACAGAGAAAGUGGUCUAUGGUCUGGUGUUCCCUAUCAAUACCUUUGAAAUCCUCCAUGUUCAGUUGCACUACUAUUUGUAUUUGUGGAGAAGGUCCAACACCUACAACACUAUCAGCCACAAAUUGUCAACUUUCUUUAAAGGUCCAAGUUGGAAACCCGGAAAACCUCGACUAGGUGACCACGUGGACAAUCCCAAGGUUACCGGAAAGGAAGUGCCUCACAAUCCCAGCUGGUCCCUGCCUUUACAAGUUUAUGUGGUCAUACAUUUCCUGCUGGUGCUGCAAACUUAUCAUGAUUUGUUUGAAAACAAGAUGAUGCUGUCCCAGUUAACCAUUCUGGGGAUGACUGGCUACAUUCUGCUCACUCUCACCUCCCUGGGAUUCAUUAUGGAUCAGAGGCCAAUGGCGGCUGUCUUGGAGAUGCUACGCUGUGUCGUCAUGGUCACAAUGCAAAGGUACAGCUACAUGAAACCCCUGCUGCCUUCACUAGCAGUGCCCACAGAGGCCUUUGUCUCCCUCUCUCUGCUGUUCUGGGCUCUGCAGAGCUUCUCGCAGCUGCUCCGCAUCAAGAAGAAGGCUGACUGAGUCAACACGAGAUGACACAGCCUGAUGGGCUGAAGGCUUUAUCUUUUGAAGUCAUAAUUGUUGACAUAAUUCUAUAGUAACACCUUUUUAAUCAUAUUAAACAAUGUGUACAAAAUCUGUAUGUGGCAUCCCUCAGCUUCUACUGUUUUGAUUGGAGAAGUGAGACAAAGCGGUUGUUUCAGCUUCUGCUUGAUGCCCUUUUUACAUACUUGCAUGUAAGCUUUAGCAUGUAAAUUAGCCAAAAGACAAGGCAAGGUGCUAAACAUUUUUUAUCAAAUGAUACAUUUCUUAAGAAAAAAUCUCUUUCUAAAUGUCUUGUCUUUAAAAUGACACUAUUAUAACAGAGGGGCUGCAGUGAUCAUUGAAGUACUAAUGGAUUUUUAUAUUUCACCUGAACUACUGUGUAAAAAAUUUUCCUUUACUAUGCAACAUAUACCUCCUCAAAAAGUGCUCCUCAUACCUAUGCCUGUUAAUUUCACCUUUGACUUGCACAACACUGUACAGUAUAUUGUUUUCCUUCUCUCAUUGCAAUAAAACAUUUUUAAUUUUGCUCUAAA